UGUUUCAUUGCUAAAUAUGAGCCGUGAUUUGAAAAUUGGUAUGACAUCAUUACAACUGUAUAAAUAUCUGCUGCGACAAUGCGAAAAGUUGCCGCCAGAUGCAUGUUUACAUUAUAAGUUUGCUGUGAAACAGAGCUACAAACAACACAAAUUUGAACCUGACCCAGAACGAGUUCAAGAAAUAAUCGCGAAAAGCAUCGAGGAUGCUAAGUGGAUUUUGAACAAGUACACAUCAAAAUAAUGGACAUAGUAGAGAGCCUUAGUAGAAUAGCUACACUGUUUAAAUUAAUUUAUGAUCAUAAAAUAUUUUAAAGAAUGAGUGUGUUCGGAGAGAAGAUAGAGGACUACGAAAUACUUGAACAUCUAGGCAAAGGAGGAUUCGCACAUGUGUACAGAGCAAGAUGUCGCCGUACAGGUUUGUUUGUUGCUAUCAAGAUGAUAGACAAAGCUCUAAUGGCAAGUGCUGGAAUGAUAGGACGAGUUAGACAAGAAGUCACAAUACAUUCUCGCCUUAAACACCCUGCUAUACUAGAGCUAUACACUUUUUUUGAAGAUGCACAUUAUGUUUACUUAGUUUUAGAACUAGCACACAAUGGAGAGCUUGCAAAACACUUCAAACUAGGAACUAGAGGCUUGUCUGAAAAAGCUGCUGCUGAUAUUUUUAGACAAGUGGUAAGUGGAGUUCUGUAUCUCCAUACGCACAACAUUAUUCACAGGGAUCUGUCCCUGAACAAUUUAUUACUAACAAAAGACUUGAAUGUCAAGAUUGCUGAUUUUGGGUUAGCUACUCAAUUAAAUGGUCCUGAUGAAAAACAUGUCACCAUGUGUGGAACCCCUAAUUAUAUUUCCCCAGAAGUUGCUUCCAGGGAGUUACAUGGACUGCCAGCUGAUGUGUGGGGCCUGGGCUGCAUGCUGUACACCCUAUUAGUAGGCAGUCCUCCCUUCCACACCCAACAUGUCAAAACCACUCUGAAUAAAGUGAUCAAUGCUGAUUACAAAAUUCCUUCAGAAUUAUCAAUUCAAGCGCAAGAUUUAUUACAAAAACUGCUAUGCAAAGAUCCAACCAAAAGAAUCACACUUAAAGGCAUUAUGGAACAUCCCUUUUUAUACAAUAUCUGCACACCUAGUAUAACUAAGCAAGACUUAUCUAGAGAUUCUGGUUUCCUAACAACAAUGCACAGCACUCACACAAUGCAUAGUAACAAAACACGAAACGAUAGAACAGGUUCUGAUUAUGUAGGUGUCUACAGAGAUCAAAAUAUGGGCAAUUAUGUCAACAAAGAAGACAUCAAGCCUGCUUCGUUUAAUGUCUUCAGCGGAAUGCAGGACAAUCAGUCUCUAUCUAAUCACAGUAAUGGAUGUCACAACCAUGGAAUAUGUAUGGGCAGUGAUAAAGGUUUGGUUGGGUUACUCAACAUAAGACAGAAUCAACCCAUUACCCAUUUACCAAUACAGAAAUUUGAUGGGGCUUGUAAUAGUAGCAUCACACUUUUGGAAAAUAUGAAAAAAAUGGAUCUUAAAACGCACAAACCUGAAGGUUCCAUUGCAUCUGGUAUAGAUGAGAACAAAGAAACUUCAUCCAAAUCUUGCAAAAUAAACUCAAAUACCUUGGGAGUCCCUCCACUUUGUGCUGACAGACUGCCUAAUAUAUCACAUAGGACCCGUAAUGCCAUUCUAAAAAUAGAACCUAGUGGUGUUAUUGUAGAAUUUUUAAAAAAGAAAGGUAAAGACAGAGAAGAGAAAGUUGUUGAGAUCUGCAAAAUAACUAAAGAUGGCAUGAAGAUAGUUAUUUACAGUGUUGAUGUAAGCAAAGACAAAACCAAUCUUGGUCAAGAACAUGAUCCCAAACCUGAUGAGGUCUUUACUUAUCACAAUUUACCAUCAAAACAUUGGAAAAAAUAUUUGUAUGCUGCAAGAUUUGUAGAUCUUGUAAAAGCUAAGACACCUAAGAUAACACUUUAUUCAGCACUAGCAAAAUGUCAACUUAUGGAGAAUGGGACAGAUAUAGAUAUGUUUUUUUACAGUGGAGAGAAAGUCACAUAUUCACCUACAGAGGGGUUGAAAGUUAUUGAUAAAACCUUAAAAACUCGUCAUAAUCCUGCUGCAGUUGCAGAACUGAAAUAUUUGAAUGAUCAUUUUGAGGAAUGUUAUAAUCGCAUGAAGAGAAUACAAGGUGCAUUGUCCUGCAUUCCUGAUGAAUGCUUCCCUUUGAUAAUAGGCAAAAGACCAGUGCAAGCAGCUGCUAUUGUAGCCUCCCCGCUGCAAGGUUCUGUAAACGUAAACUUUAAUACGCCGCUUUUGAAUAUAGGAUCUUUUCAUCGCACAGCUAGUUCUAGUCAAGCCCCAAGUGAAUACUUGUCAUAGCAGAAUGCCAUUUUGCCUGAAAGACAAAUGAGUCUUUAAAUAAUAACUGUAAAUGUUAUUUCCCCUUAUGUCUGUUUAUUAAUAUUUUGGUUUUGUAAUCUCUUCCUUAUGUGAAUUUUAACUACUAUCUUAAGAUUGCUUAAAUAAACUUAAUGCGAAAUUUACUUAUUUGUGAAAAAUGAUGAAUGAACUCAAUUUCAUUGUGUAGACAACUUCAUUUUGAAGGCUUUUUACAUUAGGUAUAACUUUAUUACAUAGUAUUUUAAGUUACAUAAUUCUUAUUGAAAUAAUUCCUCACAGUAAUUUGGUAUAUUAUUUUAGUGUAUAUUUAAUUUGUUAUUAUAAUUUUA